AUGUCCGCUGCGAAACUGACAUCUCUUGCGACCUCAACACUUUCUCUCCUGCUCGAACGGCAGCGCCUCCAGGCCUCCCAUCCCACUCUACAUCUGCAAACAAUAUCAACCAAUUUACAUAAGAUUAGGGAUGGCGUCAUAGCCCUCCGCACCACUUCCGAUGAUGAAACUGCGGAAAGCCUUAGAGCACACUACGAACGGCUGCGCGGUAUGUUUGGGGAAGAAGCAGCAGAGAAGGCUGGAUUACAUACUAUACCCCCUCCGAUGCCACCGUCACCCCCACCUCUAGCUGAACGUGUUCCGAGUCCUGAGACAACCUACGAACCAUACACCGACGACCCUUCGCAGGAUUCAGAUGAAAAUGGCAUUUUGAUGCAACAGAGGCAGAUAAUGGAUGCGCAAGAUGCUCACCUUGACCACCUUUCUUCUUCGAUUGGUCGACAGCAUCACAUUUCCCUCCAGAUAGGCGACGAGCUCGAGGUACAUACGGGACUUCUUGAUGCCCUAGACACUGAGCUCGACGGUACCGGUGCCCGCAUGUCCAGUGCGAGGCGCAAACUUGAACGUGUUGCUCAAGGCGCGAGACGAAAUGGCUCUACAGUCACAAUUGCUCUUCUCAUACUAAUACUGCUCAUCCUCAUUGUAGUGUUUAAAACCUGA